CAGGAUCAGAUUUUAAAUAUGAAUAAUGAAAGCACUACAACAUACUCUACAGCAUUAGCCAUUACAACAGUCAACCCAUCAGCCACCGCAACAACAACUAAUAUGAUUAUCGACUUGACAACAGUUAGAACAACAGCAUCUAGUUCACCAGUCAACUCCCCAAUCACAAAUACAACUGUCAAUGCGGAAACAACUGAUACAACAGUCACCACGGCAAUGGCUAGUACAACAACAACUAGUUUAACAAUGACUAGUGCAACUCUCUCCGUGACAACAACUAGUACAACAGCACUAAGUACACCAGUCAACUUGGCACCAACUAGCACAAUUGCAUCUAGUACACCAGUCAACUCCCCAAUCACAAAUACAACAGUCAAUGCGGAACCAACUGAUACAACAGUCACCACGGCAAUGGCUAGUACAACAACAACUAGUUUAACAAUGACUAGUGCAAGUCUCUCCGUGGCAACAACUAGUACAACAGCACUAAGUACACCAGUCAACUUGGCACCAACUAGCACAAUGGCAUCUAGUACAACAGCCCAUUCAGCAAUGAAUAGUACAACAGCCAGUACAACAACCCCUACAGCACAGACUAGUACAACAACAACUAGUAUAACAAUGACUAGUGCAACUCUCAGCGUGGCAACAACUAGUACAACAACAUUAAGUACACCAGUCAACUUGGCAACAACUAGCACAAUGGCAUCUAGUACAACAGCCUUUACAGCAAUGACUAGUACAACAACAACUAGUAUAACAAUGACUAGUGCAACUCUCAGCGUGGCAACAACUAGUACAACAGCAUUAAUUACACCAGUCAACUUGGCAACAAAUAGCACAAUGGCAUCUAGUGCAACAGCCCCUACAGCAAUGACUAGUACAACAGCUAGUACAACAACCACUACAGCAAUGACUAGUGCAACUCUCAGCGUGGCAACAACUAGUACAACAACAUUAAGUACACCAGUCAACUUGGCAACAACUAGCACAAUGGCAUCUAGUACAACAGCCACUACAGCAAUGACUAGUACAACAGCUAGUACAACAAACACAACAACUACUAGUGCAACAACCACUACAGCAAUGACUAGUACAACAGCUACUAGUACAACAACCACUACAGCAAUGACUAGUACAACAGCUACUAGUACAACAACCACUACAGCAAUGACUAGUACAACAGCUAGUACAACAACCACUACAGCAAUGACUAGUACAACAGCUAGUACAACAACCACUACAGCAAUGACUAGUACAACAGCUACUAGUACAACAACCACUACAGCAAUGACUAGUUCAACAGCUACUAGUACAACAACCACUACAGCAAUGACUAGUACAACAGCUAGUACAACAGUCACUACAGCAAUGACUAGUACAACAGUCACCACGGCAAUGACUAGUAUAACAACAACUAGUACAACAGCAACUAGUACAACCGUCAACGUGGCAACGACUAGUACAACUUCAUUUAGCACAACAGUAAACGCAGCAGUGACUAGUACAACAUUCAGCGCAGCAGCAGCAACCAGCCCGAAUCUGGUGUGUGAAAACAGUGGGACCUUUCAAAAAGGGAUCUGCCUCUGCCCAGACGGUUGGACUGGAACUACCUGCAACAUUCCAAAUUUCUGCCCUGGACAAACAUUCCCAACACCCAAUGCAUUCACUUUUCCAAAAACUGUCUUAGGCCAGUUUGCAUCCUCAGUAGAGCAGUGUCCAUCAAAUACACCAAAUGCUGGAAUCCCUCAAGCCUCUGCACUCUGUAAUAUUAUCACUCGCACUUUCGAGCCUCCAAACCAAGUAAAAUGUAAUUUGACCCUGGACAGCAUUAAUGCAGAUGUUCCUGGAGCUAAUUUGAAUGAUAAAAAAGUUUUGGCCUCCAGUACGCAGAUCCUCACAUCCAUACCAGAGCGACUGACGUCCCAGAACAUCACGAAUGCUGUUAAAAUUACUCACUUCCUGCUGUCCAACCAACAAACCACGGACCAGAAUGAUAUUGUUGUAUCAGCAGUGGCCACGGUCAGUCAACUCCUAAGCACAAGGGAAGAAAUAUUCUCUUCAGUCAGCCGUUCUGCAGUUUCCCUACUAACGCAGACUCUUCAGAAAAUUUCUUUAAGUGAGAAUUCCAGUCCACUGUUGGUGCAACCGAAUAUCGCAAUGCAGUCACUAAAGGGGCAAACGGCAAUCCGACACGUGCAAUUAACGUAUUUUAAAGGCAUUUCAACAUUAAAGGAUCUGUUGAGAGGGAUGUCUGUUAUUACAUUUUGCUCUUUUGUAGAUUUCAAUAAAGAUAUUGGGUUCGUCCUUUAUGACAAUGAUCGGUUCUUCCAGUCAAACAGCUUUCAGCCUACUCUUGAUACCAAGAGAAGAGUGAUAUCUGCCAGCCUUCCAGAAAUUACUGAACUUGAUCAAAUUAAGUUUACAUUCACAGAAUCGGCAGAUUCCACAAUGUCCCUUAAUGACUUUGCAUGUGUAUUUUGGAGUUACUCUAAAAAUGACUGGAGCCCAGAUGGCUGCUUCAAAACAACAGGCCCAUCAGGUCAGGCAGAAUGCAGAUGUUUACCUAAAACUGUGAAGACAAACUUCGCCAUUCUGAUGUCCUUUAAUAUCAACUAUCAGUAUUCUGAAGCCUUGAGUUGGAUCAGCAUUAUCGGCUGUGCUUUGUCUGUAGUGGGUCUAUCUGUAACAUCAGUGUACCAAAUCAUAACCAGGAAGUCAAGAGGAACCAACCCUACUCUACUAGUGGUGAACGUCUGCAUAAGCAUGAUGGUUUUCUACCUGCUGUUUAUCUUUGGCAUAAACAACCCUGUCAAACAUCUGACUGUGGCAAAGUCUACCCAAAACAUAGUUCCUGCGUCUGACUACCACACUUACCCAGACCAAGGUCCCUGUACGGUGUUUACAGCUCUGCUUCAGUUCUUCCUCUUGGCUACAUUCACUUGGAACACUCUGUAUGGUUUUAAUGUGUUCCUCCUCUUCAAAAACCAAGUGUCAGGAACACCCACAUGGUUUCCAAAGGUCGCCUUGCCUGUUGGAUGGGGUCUGCCAGCCGUUAUUGUUGGCAUUUCGUUGGGUUCCACCUACAGUGUAAAGGAGCCAUUAGGUUACCGACAGGAAGAGUUUUGCUGGCUGGCUGCACUAGACCACAAUCUGAACUUCAGUAUGGGGAAACCCAUGUUUUGGGGAUUGGUGCUCCCUUUACUGCUCAUGCUGAUCUCAAACGCAGCAAUACUGCUGCACUUCUCGCACAACAUCUGCAAGACAAAUCCAAACUUAGGCAGGUCACGAAAAACCCCUCUAAAGAAUAAGAUUUUGAGUAGUUUCUCUCUGGCAGUGAUGCUCGGCCUUUCCUGGUCCAUCGGUUACAUUUUGCUCAUCGUCCGUGAUUCAUAUCUGCAAUUUCUUCUGACUGUGGUUUUCUGUGUCUUAAACACAACACAGGGUGUUCAAAUACUGAUUUUAUUCACUCUGAGGCCUGUACUGAAAGCGCAUCCAGCUAUUCUGGCAGCUCUGCGUCCAUCAGCAAUAAGCCUUCACAGGAGAACAUUUUAUUUAUGGAAAAAUAAGACACCAGAUAGCCAUGAAAGCUAUAUAUCCACAGUGCAAAGCUCUGUCUGACAGGUAAAAUAUUAUUUUGGGACUUUGCUUUCAUAUGCAUCACAUAAAUAAAAUAUAAUAUUAAUAGUAAAAAAUGAACACCUUUCCAUGUCUGAACUGUGCCUGUUUCAAGCAGGAUCUGUCAAUGCUUCAGCAGUUAAUAAAGAAAUAGAGGAAUGUCA